AAAGAAGAAGCGGGAAAAUGGCGGAAUUCCCCAGAGGUUUCCACCAGAUUGAGAUUUGAGAAGCAUGCUGGCCAAUCCAGAACCUCAAUAUUGCUAUUGUGAAACCAUUGGUGUAUAGUCACUAGAACAAUGCUUGCAUUGUCUUGCUGAAAUGUAAAGGAUGUUGAAGAAAUGACAGGAGAUGAUUGACAAAUCUGAAGGAAUGUCACUCUCUAAAGGAGCUCUUGAUGCUUAUGUAUGCUCAGCAAACUCUGCAAUAGAAAUAAAAUUAAUGAAAUUAGCUCCUAUACAAAAAAACAGGUUAUCUGAACUAAUGAAAAUAAGUAAUAUUAAUAAAAAAGAUCCGUUAGAAGAAGAAGGUGUGGUGUACAGAUUACAAUGCAUGUGUGAAAUUUCAAAUUUUUACAUUGGAGAAACCAGACAGAAGUUAAAGGUCAGACUAUCAGAACAUCUUGCUGCAGUACAAUUAAAACCGAUGUCGUCUGUGAAUAUCGCCAGAGACAGUCAAAAAAAAGUCAAUCGUCGUCUGUCUUUCCGUCAAAGGAAACCUGCACUGAUUACUCCAGGAAUAUCAUUGACCAGUGCCCAUUUGGAUACCUUGUGCCAUCAUUGUGCUAGUGGACAUUAUAGUGGAACUAAUCACUGUCGGAACUAUUAUCAAACAAUGAGAGCUCCAUCACGAGAUCGCCUUUUAUUUCUGGAUUUUGCUUACAGUGAGAGUAUUUUUGGAUAUCUAGAUCUGAAAGUGAAGUUAUAUUAUAGUGCAUCUCGUUUAACUACAUUUUUAGGAAUAUAUUAUGCAGAGCAAAUUUCUCCUGAGAAAAGUGAAGGAGUUGAGCCUGAUAACAUUGUUAAAAUCAUAGGUGAAAAACUUCAACCUGGAUUUCUCACAAAUAUUGAUGAUUUUACUGCUUCUCUAUCCAAAGAUGCUAAUUUUAAACCUUAUGGAGAGUUACUACAUUCUUUUGAACAGGGAAAUGAUGGUUCAGUUAAAAAAUGUUAUGAAGUCUUUAAAUGCAACAUAGAUGUGACAGGAUUCCGGGAAUAUCACGAACGUAUGCAGACAUUUCUUUUGUGGUUUGUUGAUGCUGCUUCUUAUAUUGAAGUAGAUGAUGAUAAAUGGGAUUUCUUUGUGAUAUAUGAAAAGAAGGUAAUAGAUGGUGAGCCUAUAUAUUGGUUUGUUGGAUAUACCACUGUUUAUAGGUAUUAUGCCUAUCCUAACAAAACAAGGCCACGAAUAAGUCAGAUGAUGAUUCUUCCACCUUUCCAAAAGAAAAGUCUGGGAGCAGAAUUACUUCAAACCAUUUACAAUUGGUAUAUUCAAGAUGCUUUAGUUUUUGAUAUUACAGUUGAAGAUCCAUCUGAUAAUUUCACUAGAUUGAGAGAUUUUGUAGAUGCUAAAAAUUGUUUGAAACUUACAAGUUAUAGUCAAGAAAAUCUGCAGAAGGGAUUCAGUGAAGAAAUGAAAUUGGAAGCACAAGAGAAACUGAAAUUGACUAAGAAACAGGCAAGAAGAGUGUAUGAGAUUCUUCGGCUGCAUAUCACAAAUACUAAUAAUGAAGAAGAAUAUAAAGCUUAUCGAUUAGAAAUCAAAAAAAGAUUAAAUUCUCCAUAUCAGCGACAAAAGUCAGAUCUGGCCAAACUCCAAAAAACUCUGAAUGCUAGUGAAUUUAAUGCCACUCUUCAGUGCACAAGUAGGGAGCAAAGAAUUGAGCAAUUAGAACAUCAAUAUAGAGAACUGGAAGCAGAAUACAGACACAUUUUGGAGAGGUUAGCCAGUUCAGAUUUAACCAACUAACUAGACAUUUGACCACCCAUUUGUACAUAAAUCAUAAAAAUAAAUUGUGUACAUAAAUUAGUUUAAUGUAGUUUUAAUAUUAAAACAGUUAUUUCUUGCAAAGUUGAAUUUAUUUUAUUCA